AGAGAGCUGCAAAGGCUGAACUAAAGAUCAGCGUGUCGAGGAGGGGACAGAAACGUGGGUUUGGUUUGUUCUGUGACGUUUGUAUUUGCUUUUAAGGAAACGAAACUCAAAGCCAUUAUUGAGAGGUGAAAUGGCGCAACAAGGAAACCAGCUUGACUCUGUGAAGUUCUGUUGUUCCAUCUGUCUGGAUCUACUGAAGGAUCCGGUGACGAUUCCCUGUGGACACAACUACUGCAUGAACUGUAUUAAAACAUGCUGGGAUGGAAAGAGUCACAUAGGAGUCCACAGCUGUCCUCAGUGCAGAGAGACCUUCACACUGAGACCCGUCCUGGUGAGAAACAGCAUGUUAGCAGAGUUAGUGGAGGAGAUGAAGAAGACUGGACUCCAAGCUGCUCCUGCUGAUCUCUGCUAUGCUGGACCUGAAGAUGUGACCUGUGAUGUCUGCACUGGGAGGCAGGUUAAAGCUGUCAAGUCCUGUCUGGUCUGUCUGGUCUCUUAUUGUGAGAAACAUCUCCAACCUCACUAUGAUGCUCCUGCUUUUAAAAAACACCAGCUGGUGGAUCCCUCCAAGAAGCUCCAGGAGAAUAUCUGCUCUCUCCACCAUGAGGUGAUGAAGAUCUUCUGUCGUACUGAUCAGCAGAGUAUCUGUUAUCUGUGUACAAUGGAUGAACAUAAAGGUCAUGAAACAGUCUCAGCUACAGCGGAAAGACGUGAGAAGCAGAAGGAGCUGGAGGUGAGUCGACAACAAAUCCAGCAGAGAAUCCAGGACCGAGAGAAAGACGUGGAGCUGCUUCAGCAGGAGGUGAAAAACAUCAAUGUCUCUGCUGAUAAAUCAGUGGAGAACAGUGAGAAGAGCUUCAACGUGGUGAUCCGUCUCCUCCAGAAAAGAAGCUCUGAUAUGAAGCAGCAGGUCAGAUCCCAGCAGGAACAGGAAGUGAGUCGAGUCAAAGAUCUUCAGGAGAAGCAGCAGGAGAUCACUGACCUGAAGAGGAGAGAAGCUGAGUUGGAGAAGCUCUGCCACACAGAGGACCACAACCAGUUCCUCCACAACUACCCCUCACCGUCACCCCUCAGUGGGUCCACACACUCAUCCAGCAUCCAGAUUCGUCCUCUGAGGUACUUUGAGGAUGUGACAGCAGCUGUGUCAGAGACCACAGAUAAACUACAGGACCUUCUGAGAGAGUCGUGGACAAACAUCUCACUGUCAGUGGCUGAAGUAGAUGUUUUACUGUCGGAACCAGAACCAAAGACCAGAGAUGGAUUCUUGAAGUAUUCACGAGACAUCACUCUGGAUCCAAACACAGCUCACGAACAACUGUUACUGUCUAAUGGGAACAGAAAAGUAACAGUAAUGAAAGAAAACCAGUCAUAUUCCAGUCAUCCAGACAGAUUCAAUUAUUGGUUUCAGGUCCUGAGUAAGCAGAGUCUGACUGGUCGGUGUUACUGGGAGGUGGAGUGGAGAGGAAGAGCAGUUUGUGUUGCAGUCGCAUACAAGAACAUCAGCAGAAAAGGAAACUCAAAUGAUUCUGGAUUUGGACACAACAACAAAUGCUGGACUUUGCGUUGUGACACAGACAUUUACACAUUUUGGUACAACAACAUUAAAACUCGUGUUUCAGGUCCUCCUUCCUCCAGAGUUGGAGUGUUCCUGGACCACAGAGCUGGUCUUCUGUCCUUCUACAGCGUCUCUGAGACCAUGACCCUCCUCCACACAGUCCAGACCACCUUCACCCAGCCGCUCCACGCUGGACUUUGGGUUGAUGGAAGCAGUUCAGCCCAGUUUGUUAAUGUUAAGUAAGUAAUUUAACCAUCAAAGUGUAUCAAAAUGUGUUAUAAGAAUAUGGUUAGAACAAAAACUAAACUGAUGAAGAAAAUCAAGUUUGUGGUUUUUAAUGAACAAGUGCGUAAAUAAUGAAGAAGUAACAAAAACAUGACCUUGUAUAAGAGAGAAAAGUGUUUUUAACCGGUGAUUGAAAUAAUAUAUUGGUGAUUAUAAAACCUGUAAUUUCUUAUUUCUUAGAUUGAAUCACUGUAAUCUAUUACUAUCAUGGAACAAUUACACUUAUGUUAAACAUUUAGAUAUUGUGGGUUCUGAGUGGAUUUGAUUGAUUAUCAAUGUUCAUCAAUUAUCAAACACACAGUGUGUGUGUGUGUGUGUGUGUGUGUGUGUGUGUGUGUGUGUGUGUGUGUGUGUGUGUGUGUGUGUGUGCGUCAACAGAGAACCUUGACCUUCACAGGGCUCCACCUAUGAACCAGGAUGUCAACUAAUGUUAAUUUACAUGCAUUCUGAUUAAAUGUAUUCAAUUCAUCCUCAUUUCUGUUGAUGCUACCCAUGUGAAAUAAAAAAACAAGUACUGCCAGGGCUGAGACGAGGGCUAUGGGAGCUCUGAUUGAGCAGAACAAGGACCAGGAUGAGCUGA